AUGGCGAUUCAGGCGAUCCCUUCUAGUCAACACGUCAGGACCGACAAGGUCGCUCUGGAGGCGUGUCAGCAGAGUGAAGCACCAGCAAAGGAUACAGAGAACGGAGAGUCGCAUGAGAUCUUCCAACUGGGCGUGGACGGCGUCGAGUUCAGGACUGUCAGCUGGCAGCGAGCGACUAUUGUGUUCCUCAAAAUCAAUUUCGCAAUGAGCAUUCUCGCCAUCCCGGGGGCUCUGGCGGCACUUGAUACCGGCAUUAUCCUGGGUGAUUUCCGUAACAAACAUCCCGAGUGCCACAUGCUGGCAGACAUGAUGGGGUUCCUCUGGGGACGCUCUGGACGCGAACUCGUCGGUAUCCAGAUCGUCAUCGCUCAGAUCCUGAUCUCCGCGGGUGGAAUCGCCACAACGGCAAUAGGAUUCAAUGCGUUGUCGAAUCAUGGAACAUGCACCGUGACCUUUGCACUCAUAUCCGUGAUCCUGAUUACGGUCUGCUCGUCCAUCCGCACCUUCUCGCGUCUGAGCUGGCUGACCUGGUUUGGCUUCUUGACCUUCGUUCUUGCAGUCUUCAUCUUCACUGUCGCGGUAACGCAGCAGGACCGGCCUGCUGCAGCUCCUCCAACUGGUGACUUUGACCUGGGCUGGGCACCCAUUGCGUACCCGACCUUUGUUGUGGGCAUGCUCAAUGCAGAAAACAUCUUCGUCAGCACGAGUGGCUCGUCGAUGUAUCUGCCUGUCAUCUCCGAGAUGCGCCGACCCAAGGACUAUCGCAAGGCUUGCAUCCUGGCCGGUUUCAUUAUUGGCGCCUUGUAUUUGACGUUCAGUCUGGUUAUAUACCGCUGGUGCGGCGCCUGGCUCUCAGUUCCGGCCUUCGCCAGUGCUGGUCCGCUAUUCAAGAAGAUCUCUUAUGGCAUCGCGCUGCCAGGGCUGGUAGUUGGUGUCGGCAUCUACCAGCAUGUAGCGGCGAAGUACGCCUUUGUCCGCUUGCUCCGAGGCUCAAGGCAUUUGCAGGCAAAUACCCUCGUCCACUGGUCCAUGUGGCUCGGCAUCAACCUUCUCCUGGGUGCAGUAGCGUUCAUCGUGGCAGAGGCUGUGCCCAUCUUGAACUACUUGCUUGGUCUGGCUGGCGCAUUGUGCUUUGCGCCUUUCAGUCUGGUGUUUCCGGCGCUUCUUUGGAUGUAUGAUUAUAAAGGCUACAGGUCUGGAUCCGCGGGACAGAAAAUAAAGUACGGACUGCAUGCGGUAAUCGUGGCAAUUGGGCUGUUUAUGAUCGUCGGUGGGACUUAUAGCGUUGCUAUGUCGAUUAGAGACGCGUUUGCCAACGGAGAUAUCGCACAAGUCUUUGACUGCAGGGACAACUCUGGCUCCAAUCCGUAA